CAUUUUCUCAUUUCUGUUAUUUAGGUCACUGAGAGCCGCACCUUCUCAUUUCUCUUCACUCGCCGCCUCUCUCUCUCUCCAUCUUCUCGGAUUUUAUUUUUGUUUGUGAUACACAGAGGCUAGUCAAGAUGGUGAAGUUUACGGCAGAAGAAUUGCGUAAAAUUAUGGACUACAAACAUAACAUUAGGAAUAUGUCCGUUAUUGCUCAUGUCGACCAUGGAAAAUCGACCCUUACGGAUUCUCUAGUGGCUGCUGCUGGUAUCAUUGCUCAAGAAGUUGCUGGUGAUGUCCGGAUGACAGAUACCCGUGCAGAUGAGGCAGAGCGUGGUAUUACAAUUAAAUCUACUGGUAUAUCUCUCUACUAUGAGAUGACUGAUGAAGCUUUGAAGAGUUAUAAGGGAGAAAGACAAGGGAAUGAGUACCUUAUCAAUCUCAUUGAUUCCCCCGGGCACGUUGACUUCUCAUCAGAAGUCACUGCUGCACUUCGGAUUACUGAUGGUGCCCUUGUGGUGGUUGAUUGUGUUGAGGGUGUCUGUGUCCAAACAGAGACUGUGCUCAGGCAGGCUCUUGGUGAGAGGAUUAGGCCUGUCUUGACUGUCAACAAGAUGGAUAGGUGCUUCCUUGAGCUGCAGGUGGAUGGCGAAGAAGCUUACCAAACUUUCUCUAGGGUUAUUGAGAACGCCAAUGUGAUUAUGGCAACAUACGAAGAUCCCCUCCUUGGUGAUGUUAUGGUCUAUCCUGAGAAAGGAACAGUUGCUUUCUCUGCUGGUCUGCACGGAUGGGCUUUUACUCUGACCAACUUCGCGAAAAUGUAUGCCUCCAAAUUUGGUGUCGAUGAAUCAAAGAUGAUGGAAAGGCUCUGGGGUGAAAACUUCUUCGAUCCUGCUACCAAGAAGUGGACCAGCAAGAACACUGGUUCUCCUACCUGCAAGCGUGGUUUUGUGCAGUUCUGUUACGAACCAAUUAAGCAGAUUAUCAAUACCUGUAUGAAUGACCAGAAGGAUAAGUUGUGGCCUAUGUUGAAGAAGCUUGGUGUCACCAUUAAGUCCGAGGAGAAAGAUCUGAUGGGCAAGGCUUUGAUGAAGCGUGUCAUGCAGACUUGGCUCCCAGCAAGUAGUGCUCUUCUGGAAAUGAUGAUCUUUCACUUACCAUCUCCCUCAACGGCUCAGAGAUACCGUGUUGAGAAUUUGUACGAGGGUCCCCUUGAUGAUGUUUAUUCAACUGCUAUCAGAAACUGUGAUCCUGAUGGUCCUCUUAUGCUCUAUGUUUCGAAGAUGAUUCCUGCAUCUGACAAGGGUCGGUUCUUUGCCUUCGGUCGUGUCUUCGCUGGAAAGGUAUCUACUGGGUUGAAGGUUAGGAUCAUGGGUCCAAACUACGUGCCUGGUGAGAAGAAAGAUUUGUACGUCAAGAGUGUCCAGAGAACUGUCAUUUGGAUGGGAAAGAAGCAGGAAACAGUUGAGGAUGUUCCUUGUGGUAACACAGUUGCUUUGGUUGGUUUGGAUCAGUACAUUACCAAGAAUGCCACAUUGACAAACGAGAAGGAAGUAGAUGCUCACCCGAUCCGAGCUAUGAAGUUCUCUGUCUCACCCGUUGUGCGUGUGGCCGUGCAGUGCAAGGUUGCUUCUGAUCUUCCCAAACUUGUUGAAGGUCUGAAACGUCUGGCCAAGUCAGAUCCUAUGGUUGUGUGUACUAUGGAAGAAUCUGGAGAGCACAUUGUUGCUGGUGCUGGUGAACUUCACCUUGAAAUCUGUUUGAAGGAUCUGCAGGAUGACUUCAUGGGUGGAGCUGAAAUCAUAAAAUCUGAUCCAGUCGUCUCCUUCCGUGAAACCGUCCUUGAGAAGUCAAGCCGAACCGUGAUGAGCAAGUCUCCCAACAAGCAUAACCGUCUAUACAUGGAAGCGCGACCCUUGGAGGAAGGGCUUGCCGAGGCUAUUGAUGACGGUCGUAUUGGCCCAAGGGAUGACCCUAAACUCCGAUCGAAGAUACUGUCUGAGGAAUUCGGUUGGGAUAAGGAUCUUGCCAAGAAGAUCUGGUGUUUCGGUCCUGAAACCACCGGUCCCAACAUGGUUGUUGAUAUGUGUAAGGGAGUUCAGUACCUCAAUGAAAUCAAGGAUUCUGUCGUUGCUGGGUUCCAGUGGGCAUCUAAGGAAGGUGCUCUCGCUGAAGAAAAUAUGAGAGGUAUUUGCUUUGAAGUUUGUGAUGUGGUCCUUCACGCUGAUGCCAUCCACAGAGGUGGUGGUCAGGUCAUUCCAACUGCUCGUAGAGUCAUCUACGCUUCUCAGAUCACAGCCAAGCCAAGGCUUCUCGAGCCCGUCUACCUAGUGGAAAUCCAAGCUCCUGAGCAGGCUCUCGGUGGUAUCUACAGUGUUCUCAACCAGAAACGUGGACAUGUCUUUGAGGAAAUGCAGAGGCAGGGAACCCCGCUUUACAACAUCAAGGCUUACCUGCCUGUCAUCGAGUCUUUCGGAUUCUCGAGCACUUUGAGGGCUGCAACCUCAGGGCAGGCUUUCCCACAGUGUGUCUUCGAUCACUGGGACAUGAUGAUGUCUGACCCAUUGGAGGCUGGAUCUCAGGCUGCACAGCUUGUGGCCGAUAUCAGGAAGAGGAAGGGCUUGAAGGAGCAAAUGACCCCGCUCUCCGAGUACGAAGACAAGUUGUAAGUUUCUUGUCAGGCACCAUUCCAAUUAGGUUGAGGAGGGAAGAUGAAGAUGAAGUGGAAGAUGAAAGUCAUCGGAACCUGAAUUUUUUUCUCUUUUCUUCAUUCCUUCUCCGCCUCCGUUUUUGCUUUAUUUUUAUUGUUGUUUUGCAGUACUGUUGCAGAGGAUAUUGUUAGUCUACAAUAUCUUGCGUCAUUAGAGACAAUGUUUUUGUUUCCUUUAUAAAAUUUUACGUGUCGUGGUGUUUUAAACAGAACAGUAUGCAAUGCUAUGUUCUUGUGUCUUGUCAUUACAUUGUUUACGUUUUUGAACUCCUGACACCAUUGAUUGGGGAGAUGAUGCUAUUUUUGAUCGUAAGUGUUCGUUUUCUUUUCUU